AUGUACAAUAUUCUCACCCCUCCGAGGGGCUCCCCCGUGUCAGAGAUUGUUCUGAAGAUCGGUGAUACUUCCACGUCCUUCUCAUCGUCGUCCUCCAGCCUCAAGCUGCCCACCUCCACCGUCGUUUUCGAGGGCGUGUCCGGAGUUGGACCCGCUGAGAUCACCUGUGACGGGGAAGCCGCCGUUGUCGUUCCGACUGCCGAUGAUGACGGUGACGACUUGACUGUUGUCUCCGGUGGCGCUUCUGAGCCGCUAGCAAAGGAUGAGCUUGUGACUGAGUACCCGUCUUCAGAUACGGAGGCGCGUAUCACCUCUACCAUCCGUGUCGUGAACAGCUCCCCGGAUGUGUUGACUGUUUCUGAGGCAAAUGCCAUCAUUACGGAGUACUGCCGUGUGGCCGAAUGCCAGGAGAUCGGUGUAAGGAGUAUCCUUGAGGGCUCUGCCCUCCUUGACAUUGGUGCCCUUGUGGAAGACGCUGAUGUGGCCAAGGCUGACUUGAGGAAGUCAUUUGACGAUUGCGAAUUCCAAGAGAAGACCGACUACGCUUGUGACGAGUUGGAACUUCUCGAGGUGCGAUCCACUAACGCCAUUGCCGCUACCGUCGCCACUGCCGGUAUUGCGACAUGGACUAUUAUUCUAAUCUCCGUAGUCGGGGCCAUCGGACUAGUGGCCGUGCUUACCCUCGCCGCCUGGGCUGUGCACAGGCGGCAUGCUUCCCGCGAAUCUGAAUCGAGCUAUUCCUCUUCUGGACCACUGGGCGUGCCGGACCCGUCUGACCUUCUUUACGAGCAGUCUAUUGUACGUGAUGUCUACGGUCGCGGUGAAGACGGUGGGCCGUCAGAGCAGGCCGCGGUGGAUUCUGAGAGAGCAGCCGCCAUGCGGGAAGAAUUCCCAAAACCGCCUUCAUCUUCCAGCCUUUCCCGGGGCAAUCGCUCUAGCGACGCUAGCUCAACUUACUCGGUUUAGAUAUGUUCAGCUGACUGUCCGAGGCGGAAGGGAUUGUAGAUAGCGGAGGGUAGGGGGGGAUUGCAAACCAUGUUUUUUCGCAUUCUGCGGGAGCAUCAGGACCCAGGGAAGUAAACAAUUAUUGACUUUUCUUUCGUCA